AUGAACACAAAAAGGAGGAAACGUGAAGGGAAUUACUACCAUGAGGAAAUAUAUACCUAUAAAAAUGACGAAAAGUAUGACGAAGAAUUUUUAGAUAUAGAUAGUAACGUACUAAAAGUGUGCGACAGAAAGGGGGGGCUACUUCGCCAACUAAAUAUAUUGUCCCCUGGGGGGAGAAGUAAUAAAAAGGGCACUAAAAGGGCAGGGAAAGGGGGAAGCCGCGGGAACAGGGUAACUACGAACAUUGUGAAUGACAUAAGGUUCAUGGACAUACUACUAUGUGGGGAUAAGGAUAGCGGAAAGACCACUUUCUUGAAUUGUAUAAGUUGUGUGGAGAGUUUUACAUCGGGGCCAAUUGAUGCAAGCAGUGGAGCCGACUAUAACUACACGAACCCGCGGAGGAAAAAACAAAUCGUGUGGAAUUACAACAGGCUGGAACUUCUGUCCUACGUGCCCAUUAUUUUCUCCAAACUGACAAAUAGAAAUUACGAUGCGCUGAGAAAAACAUUUAAAAAAAAUUUUUUAGACACGGAUAUAUGCCAAGCUUCUAUUUUUUUAACUCGAGAUGAUUUGCAGUUUAUUAAUUACGAGUUCGGUUUAGGGGAAGAUUUUAGGACUGACCAUUUUGAUUACUUCAAGAUAAACUUCUGUGAGUACGGAGAUGAUUUGUUUCGCAAAAUAAGUGCGUACUUUGAGAUGUGUGACUAUCUAGGGUUGGGGAGGGGCGCGGCGAGUGGGGCACUGGACGGCUACAAUCCGUGCGAGUGUGGGGAGAGAAGCGCAAAUGGGGUGUACCAGACACAUCGCACGAAGGACGCAACCAACUGUAGCACCGUUAUGAACAUCGUAGAGGGCGCGCUUCUACGAAUUAAGGAAACAAAGUACAUAAGUUAUUUCAUCAAUUUGAGGAGGACAUUCCUUUUGGUUAAGUCUACUGUGCGCAUGUAUAGAAUUCUAAUGCGGAAAAGGAACAGUAAAUAUAGGAGGAGGGGAGAAAGAACAAUCAACAUUGACGUCAGCGCAGAGGGAGAGGAAGAUCCCAGUGAUAGUACAUUUCUGUACAGGUGUGUGAACACAACCAAGUGUACAUUUAAGAGAGCAAACUGCAACUCACGCAAGUCACUUUUUAGGAAGAAGAGAAAUCUAUUCAUCACGAUAAAUGAGGAACAUAUUAUGAACACAUUUGAAUAUUUAAGCAUUAUAAAAAAUUUGAAUAACUAUGAUAGGAAGGACGUCCUUUUUGUAGCUAGCCGAGCAUUCGAUUUUGAGAAACUAAGCAAAAGGUUCCACAUAUACUUUAACUUGACUCACAAUAUGGAGAUCUUCAAUUUUGUUUUUAGGAGUAAAAUUAAUUGCGGUAACGAUAACACACAUUGGAAUGGCAGCGAUGGGGAUACCCUCCCCCAAGAUGAUAUCUACAACCUUUUAAAAAAAUGUGUAAGUGAAAAAUGGAAAGUUUGUAAAAGAAGGGGAAAAAGAAUAACCAAAAAGUGCAACCAAAAAAGUGAUGUAAUUUUUAAAUACCUUUCGGAAAAGAAAUUACGACUCAGGGGGCAUAGUCACAAAAAUGAACGUGAACUCCAUAGUGGAAGGAAGGAAGAGGAGAUUCAAAAUAACAUUGGGGGUGCCAAACAUGCAGAAGGUAAUGAUGAUCAGUGGUUUGAUUGUACUACAUAUGGGAGGAAGAACAAAAAAGUCGGAGGGAUGAGGGAUCUUUCCUUUUUAUUGGCAGAAAGACGGGAGAUAGCGAGUUUUUUUAAAACGUUCUAUGACGAAUAUAUUUACAGAAACCAAAAUAGAGCUUAUGUAAAAAAUUUGGUGAAGGAACAUUUCAACAUUUGUUUUUUGUUUAUUAAGUUUUGCUUCUACUAUUUUUAUGGCUCUCAAGGGAAGGCAGAACAAAACUGCCUGAAGGACAACAGGCUAAAUAUAUACAAAUUUGUCUACGUAAAGCAGAUUGAAGUGAUUCGAAAGGACAACAACCUUUCCCAUUACAACAUUUGUGUCCCGUCAUGUGUGUACGUUUUGACUAAUUUGCUAAAGAUGAAUUAUCAGGGUACUCCUUUUCGAUCUCUACGGGAGCGUAAAAUGUCGUCCCUCCUCAAGUACCUUUUUUACGCUGUUAUCUAUUACAAAUUGAGGAAAAGAAGCUAUGAUUUCUACAGGCGGGGUAAGAUAGGGGCAAAUCACAUCUGCUUCUUUACUCGUGGAGUUAUAAUUAACUCACUGGUCGAUCUGUUUGAAAGUAGGAGGGGAGAUGGUGCGGCAAUUUCCCAUUAUGGUGAUUCGGGAAAAAUAAAAGCUGACAGGCAUAACGAGAAAGCAGCAUUGGUGCCGCCACUCGAUAGGAAGCGUCGGAAGAACAGAAAAAUUCUAAAGGAUAUACUUAAGCGCAUGGACAUGCAUAUGCAUAUGCAACCGUUCACCGUUAUAAAUAGCAUCAAAUCCGACUGGGCAUAUUUUAAAAAGUAUAUGAUCCAGUCAAGCAUGUGUUCCUACUACAGCGGGGAUACUGACGUAUACCCUGAUGUGACCUUUGAGCUUGUGCUACAUUUUAAGCCGCCUCACCAGCGCGAGCGCAUUCCCUAUGGAGCGACGGUAGCAGCAGCACAAGCAGAGUUAGAAGCGGGAGAAGACAGCUCAGAAGUACUCCAGGCGAAGAGCAUCCACUUCGCGCCAGUAACCAAUGAGAACACUAAAAAUAAGUUGCGGAGGAAGUCCAUUUUGCACUUUCCCUUUUCACAUAGACUGCUAAAAUACUUCAUUGAUAACAUACCCCCGAGGCGGGAUGGCAAAGGGAGAAAAUCUCACCGUCUACUCCAGCUAUUAUGUAAUCGCUUCUUCAAAGCACUGAAAAGGUUGUUAAUGUACUACUACACAGGUGAACAGUUAAAACGUAGAACAGAAAUGAAUCACAUUUUUAUUUUAUUAAAUUAUGUCAUGGAUGUGUAUUACCUCAUGGCGUACGAGAAUAUGUGCUUUUACGUGGCCACACAUGGAGACUUUGUCCUCACCAACGAUUUACACGCUUCGGGCCAGUUGCAGGACGGUAAUUCUAUUGGCAGCAAAAGAAGAGUCACCUUUCACCUGUACCCAAAUUGUGUGCUGUUUAAUGCAGCAUACUUUUUGUGGGAAGAAAUGAAAUAUGGGGGAAAGCAUGGCUCGAUGCGUAAGCACCUUUCGCAUUGGAAGAAGGAUUUGUUUUUUUCAGUGAGUAUGGCGGACUGA